AUGUUUUUCAGACGGUUCUUGCAGGCAGCAAAGACGGCAUGGAAAGCUUUCCGUGAAAACCCGGCAGCGACGAAGGACUGCUUCUGGCAGCUUGUCUGCGAAACAAGCGGUCUAGAGGCAUCUGCGGCAAAGGAAGCAGAUGCUGAGAUAUGCGAAACACUCCGAAGUCACUACGCCGACACCUUGGAAGUGCUGAACAUAGCCCGCGACCAGGGCAUCAUCCUUGGCGUGAUCUCGAAUCACAUAGGCUUCUGGUUUCAUGAGGAAUGUGCGAAGCCUUGUGGCUUAAGCACCCUGGUAACUCCAGAGCUGCUUAUUGUGAGCUCCGAGGUUGGCUGCUCAAAGCCUAGCAGCCGCAUUUUCGAGAUUUUUCUGCAACGCCUUCAAGCGCUUCAUCCUGGCAUAGCAGCUGCUGAUUGCAUCUUUGUGGAUGAUAAGGCGGAGAAUGUUGAAGCAGCAGAAGCCCUGGGCUUCCGUGGUCUUAUCUUUAAUGCCAAGACGGCUGCGCCUGGUACUUUGGCAGAGGAGCUGAAGAGAGCUGGGCUGCCCCUCGCCUAG